AAGUGAGUUUUGGGUCUUCUCUUUGUUGGCCAUUGGCAUCUCCAUUAUCAUGAAUUUUGUUUCUCAUAGGAGACCAGGGAAAGAUGAGAAAAAAACAAGAGAGAUACUACACUUUUAGUGCAAGACUAAGUCAAAAAGGUGCUGGUAGUAAAAUUUAUAAUUAUGAAUAUUUGGAAAUUCUAAAACACUGCAGUACUGCAUGAUGGAAGAGAUAUAUGAUUGUUGUAGGAGGGGAACUUGGGGUAGUUAGCCAUGGGAGAAUUUCUCCUGCUCUUUGUAUUUUCCUUACUAUUUUCCAUACUACCCAUUUCUCCAGCAAGAGAUGAAAUUGCACUUAAUGAUACCCUUCAAGAUGAUGAAACCAUCAUUUCAUCUGGAGGAAUCUUUGAGAUGGGGUAUUUUAGCCCCAACAAUUCCUUAAACCGCUAUGUUGGCAUAUGGUACAAGAAAAUUCCUGUGAAGACUGUGGUGUGGGUUGCUAACAGAGAAGGUCCACUCAGUGCUAAUGCAUCGACAGUUGUGCUGAGAAUCAUUAACGUAAGCCAACUUGCUCUUCUCAGUGAUAACAAUGACGUUAUAUGGUCUGCUAACAUGUCGUUGUCAAGAUCUGUACAAAAUCCAGUAUUGCAGUUGUUGGACUCGGGGAACCUUGUGGUGCGAGAUGGUGGUGAUGUGAACCCAGAAAAUUUCUUCUGGCAGAGUUUUGAUCAUCCAACAGAUACGCUCUUGCCAGGCAUGAAGGUGGGCUUUGUAACUGGCCAUGAGGUAUACCUUACAGCAUGGAAGAGUGAUGACAAUCCUGCACCAGCUGAAUAUUCAGUUCAUAUAGAUAUUACUGGAUAUCCACAAGGUUUUGUUAUGAAUGGUACGGCAGUGACAUAUCGGAGUGGUCCAUGGAAUGGUGUGCGGUGGAGCGGAGUACCAAUGAUGGACAAAAAUCCCAUAUACACAUAUGCUUUGGUUAUUAACAAGCAUGAGGUUUAUACUAGUUAUUCUCUCAAUAAUAACUCAAUUAUAUCUAUAUUAGUUUUAACUAACACUGGUUUUAUCGAGCGCUUGGUGUGGGUUGGUGGGAUGAAAAAUUGGAUUACUUUUGGAAAAUUUCCUACAGAUUCUUGUGACAUGUACAGAGCAUGUGGUGCAAAUGGCAUUUGCAGCAUUUAUAAUUUUCCCAUUUGUGGAUGUUUGGAUAAGUUUCUUCCCAGAAACCAAGAAGCAUGGAACAUGGCAGAUUAUUCUGGAGGAUGUGUUCGGAGGAGGGGCCUGCACUGCAACAACGGAACAUAUAUAUUUGUGAAGUAUCCUGGCAUUAAAUUGCCAGAUACAAAAUACUCCUGGUAUGAUGAGACUAUGACACUCCAAGAGUGCGAGCAAGUUUGCUUGAAGAACUGCUCUUGUACUGCUUAUUCAAGAUUAGAUAUUAGGAAUGGGGGAAGUGGUUGUUUGCUCUGGUUCGGGGACUUGAUUGACAUUAGAAAGCUAUCUGAUAGAGGUCAAGACAUAUAUAUCAGACUGGCAUCUUCUGAGCUAGAUAAGAAUACAACUCAUGGAUUCUUGAAUGUUUCUGAUGCAGGCUCCAGAAGGAAACGUGGUAAAAAGUUGGAACUACUUGCAGCCAGUUUGUCAUCAGUUAUUGGAUUAAUUCUCGUAGGGCUGAGCUUGAUGUUCUGUUUGUGGAGAAAGAAGACUGAAGUACUGCACGAUAAUGAAUUUGAGCUACCAAUUUUUGACUUUCCUACCAUAGCUAGAGCUACCAACAACUUUUCAGCCAACAACAAGCUUGGACAGGGUGGUUUUGGACCUGUUUAUAAGGGUGUCCUAGAAAAUGGACAGGAAAUUGCUGUGAAGAGGCUCUCCAAGGCAUCUGUGCAAGGAAUUGAUGAGCUCAAGAAUGAAGUUAUCUUUAUUGCGAAACUUCAACACCGAAAUCUAGUGAGUCUUCUGGGAUGCUGCAUUCAACGGGAAGAACAGAUGUUAAUCUAUGAAUACAUGCCUAACAGAAGUCUGGAUCUCUUCAUAUUUGACCAUGACAAAAAGAAGCUACUUGAUUGGCCAAAGCGGUUCAACAUAAUCAAUGGAAUUGCCCGGGGUCUAAUGUAUCUUCAUCAAGAUUCCAGGCUUAGAAUUAUUCAUAGGGAUCUCAAAGCUAGCAAUGUUUUGCUAGACAUAGACAUGAACCCAAAGAUAUCAGAUUUUGGAUUGGCUAGGAGUGUUGCAGGAGACGAGACUGGAGCAGACACAAGUCGAGUUGUUGGAACACAUGGCUAUAUGUCUCCAGAGUAUGCAGUACUUGGGAUCUUUUCAAUUAAAUCAGAUGUGUUUAGCUUCGGUGUCUCAUUGCUAGAGAUUGUCAGCGGCAUGAGAAAUAAAGGAUUUUCUUUAAAAGAUCAAUACCACACCCUUCUUGGGCAUGCAUGGAAACUUCAUGGCGAUGGUAGAUCAGCUGAACUAGUGGACGAGCAUAUAGUCGCUGAACCAGAUGAUUUGUCUCAAGUUCUAAGGUCAAUCCAUGUCGCCUUGAUGUGCGUGCAGCAACAUCCCGAUGACAGGCCUACCAUGUCUGAGGUAGUUCAGAUGUUAACUCAUGAUGCUGUGCUGCCUGAACCUAAAGAACCCGGUUUCUUCACAGGAAGACCGCUAACUGCUAGUACUCAAGCUUCAUCAAGCACACAACCUGCUGCAUGUUCGAUAAACGAAGUUUCCCUCAGUUUGAUCGAUCCUAGGUAUGCAAGACCAACUAACCAGGACGUCUUAAUGAGUCAAUUCAAACUGGAUUUGGGGUGGUUAGCCAUGGCGGAUUCUCAUCACCUUUUUCUCUUCUGCUGCUUAAUCUUCUCCAUACUAAAGAUUUCUCCGGCAAGAGAUACAAUUUCUGUUGAUGAUCCUCUCCCAGAAAAUGAAACCAUUAUUUCGUCCGGAAGAACCUUUGAGAUGGGGAUUUUCAGCCCUUCUUCCACUUCCUCAAACCGCUACGUCGGAAUAUGGUACAAGAAUAUUCCGGCGAGACUUGUGGUGUGGGUUGCCGACAGAAAACUUCCACUCAGUAAAAACGCGACGUCUGUGGUGUUGAAGAUCGUUAACUCAUCCCACCUCGCUCUCCUUAGCGACGCCAACGACGUUGUCUUGUCCGUUAACACGCCGUCAUCUUCUUCGUCUCCGGUGAUGCAGUUGCUGGAUUCCGGGAACCUUGUCGUGCGAGAUGGCGGCAAUGGAAACCCAGAAAAUUUCUUCUGGCAGAGCUUUGAUUAUCCGACGGAUACUUACCUACCGGGGAUGAAAAUGGGGAUAAACUUUGAAACUGGCCAUGAAGUUUACCUUUCGGCAUGGAAAAGUGCUGAAGAUCCAACACCGUCUGAAUAUACAUCAAAUCUUCUUGUCACCGGAUAUCCACAGGGAAUUAUCCGGCAAGGAAAAGCUCUCAUUUGCCGGAGCGGACCGUGGAACGGCGUGAGGUGGAGCGGGAUUCCCAGUCCGGACACAAAUCCCAUUUACAAUUACGAUUUGUUCAUCAACAAGACCGAGAUUUACACCAACUAUUCUCUGGUCAAUAAAUCUGUCAUAUCAGUGUUGUAUAUAAACUACACAGGUGUUGUCCAUCGCCUGAUCUGGCUGGACGGGAUGGACGACUGGAUAACGAUUGGGAAAUUGCCCACAGAUGACUGUGACAGAUAUGGAAACUGUGGGGGAAAUGGGCUCUGCAACAUAGGUAACUUCCCAGUUUGCGGUUGCUUGGAUCAUUUCUUGCCCAGAAACCAGGCAGAAUGGGGGAUGGCAAAGUUUGCAGGAGGGUGUGUUAGGAGGAAGAGCCUGGAUUGCCACAAUGGAAAAGAUGCAGGUGGGUUUCUCAAGUAUUCUGGGAUUAAAGUGCCAGAUACCCAGAAUUCCUGGUACAACGAGACGAUGACGAUCCAAGAAUGCCAGCAAGAAUGCUUAAAAAACUGUUCUUGUACUGCUUUUUCCAGUUUGGAUGUCAGGAAUGGAGGGAGUGGGUGUCUGAUAUGGUUUGGGGACUUGGUUGACAUUAGACAGAUGUCUGAAAGAGGGCAAGACAUAUACAUCAGACUCGCAUCUUCUGAACUAGAUCCCGGUUCAGGAUCAAGAAGGGAGCACAGAAAGAUUCUGGAAAUAGUUGCAGUUACUUUGUCAGCAGUUGCUGGAUUGAUUCUUGUCGGGUUCAGCUUUAUGUUGUAUGUGAGGAGAAAGAAGAAGACUAAAGUUCUGCGCGAUGAAGAUUUCGAGCUGCCGGUUUUUGACUUGCGUACAGUAGCUCGAGCUACCAACAAUUUUUCAGCCGAGAACAAGCUUGGAGAGGGCGGUUUUGGACCUGUUUACAAGGGUGUACUGGAAAAUGGGCAGGAAAUUGCUGUGAAGAGGCUUUCCAAGGCAUCUGUGCAGGGAAUUCAUGAGUUCAAGAACGAAGUCGUCUUUAUUGCCAAGCUUCAACAUCGAAACCUGGUGAGUAUUCUGGGCUGCUGCAUUCAAGGGGAAGAACAGAUGUUAAUCUAUGAAUACAUGCCUAACAGAAGCUUGGACCUCUUCAUAUUUGAUCCCACAAAAAGGAAGCUACUCGACUGGCCUAAACGGUUCAACAUAAUCAAUGGAAUCGCUCGAGGCUUGAUGUAUCUUCAUCAAGAUUCAAGACUCAGAAUAAUUCAUAGGGAUCUCAAAGCUAGCAACGUUCUGCUAGACGUUGAAAUGAACCCGAAGAUAUCAGAUUUUGGAUUGGCCAGGAGCGUCGCAGGGAAUGAGACCGGAGCAGACACAAGUCGAGUUGUUGGAACACAUGGCUAUAUGUCUCCAGAAUAUGCAGUUCUCGGGAUUUUUUCAAUUAAGUCAGACGUGUUCAGUUUCGGUGUCUCCGUGCUUGAGAUUGUGAGUGGUAAGAGAAACAAAGGGUUUUCCCUGGAAGAUCAAUACCACACCCUCCUUGGGCAUGCCUGGAAACUUUACAGAGAAGAAAGAUCAUAUGAACUAGUAGAUGAUGAUCUAGUAGUUGAAUCGGGUGAUUUGUCUCAAGUUCUGAGAUCAAUCCAUGUCGGUUUACUAUGUGUGCAACAACAUCCCGAUGACAGACCAACCAUGUCGUCUGUAGUUCAGAUGUUAAGCAACGAUGCCGCAUUGCCUGAACCAAAAGAACCCGGUUUCUUCACAGCAGGAAGGGGGCUUACCAGUGGUGAAUGUUCAUCAAGCACACAAGCUGCAAGUUCCUUAAAUGAAGUUUCCAUUAGCUUGUUUGAUCCUAGGUAGUUGGCUGCUUGGAUUUUCCUAUGCUAAAGUUCUGCACAAACACAUCAAAACCAUGUAAAUAGUUUUGCUGUUUAUGUUCAUCAAGAUUCUUGAUUAGGGAUUACCAAAUUGUGUAUCUACCUAUACAGAACUUGGUUUGAGUCGGUCAGCUAUGGACAAUGUAGGCUGGUUUACAUCUUUGUGGUUC